GGUCCGUUAGUCUUAUGUUGUGCUUAUGUUAUGUUAUGCAUUUCAUGUGCGAGGCCCUUUACACGGUGUUUCGUUAAAGGGACAGGGACAAGUACCAUAUUAAAACACACACGCACACACGUGUUUCGUUCUGAGAAAUAUUUGAAAAUUUUUUUUGUGUUAUGGUCGCAACGUCCCUGCAUCUCUCAAGUCUACUAUGGAAAACAUGAGUGACAGCAAUGAAGACAACCGUACAAUAGAUCAUGACAAGGAAAUUAAAUCGUUACAAAUUCAAAAAGAGAUAACGGAGGUUAAAAAACUUGGCAAGAAAUUUAAGAGAGGAAUAAUCUAUCUAUCCACAAUUCCGAAAUAUAUGAACAUCAUAAUGAUUCGGGAGAUGUUUUCUGCUUAUGGGAAAGUUGGUAGAGUGUAUCUCCAGUUGGCCGAUAAUGAGGCACAAUCUGCAAAAAACAAAAAGAAGUCCAAGAAAGUAAUCAAGCACUUCACUGAAGGUUGGGUAGAGUUUGAAAGUAAGAAAGUGGCAAAAUUUGUAGCGGAAACGUUAAAUAAUACUCAAAUAUCUACAAGAAAGAAAAGUAGAUUCUAUGAUGUUAUGUGGAAUAUAAAGUAUUUGCCUAGAUUUAAAUGGAUUCAUUUAAAUGAACGUUUAGCUUAUGAACGCGCAGUUCAUAAACAAAGACUUCUAACAGAAAUAGCACAAGCUAAGAGAGAAGUUAAUUUCUUCUCAUAUAACGUAGACAGAAGUAAAAAGCUCCAUAAGAAACAUAAACAAGGAGAAGAGACAACAUUCGAAUUACCUGAAGUUAAGCAAAGAGAUACUGACAAUGAGAUAAUGAACAGGAAAACAGAGACACAUGCAGAAGACAGAACAGAGUUCCUUAAAUCGAUAUUUGGAUAAAAUUUGUAAUAUGUAACUAAAUCCUGCCAAAAUAUUCAGCGCAUAAUUAUCAACAAAAUUAUUCUUAUUUGAGAGCGUUCCAAUUGACAAUGACGUUGUAAUUAAUCUACAACGAUGGGUGCAUAGAAGUUUUCUUUUGAAACAGCCAAUCAACAAAUUUUAUAUUAAAUAAGCCUAUUAGCAACGUGAGCAAUCGAGUGCUACUCUUUGAAUUGUUGAUAUUAACAAAACAGAAAUAUAUUAAUUUUCCAUGUGAACUAAAUAUUUUACAUAAAAUAACAAUAAUAACAUAGAAAUAAAUUAUUAUAUUUUAUAAUAAAUUGUAAAUUAUAAAAACUAUUAACUAUCAGCUCAUAUAUUCUUAAAUAGUAAUUGUAAAAGGCUAAAAAACGAGCGCAUAAUUAGAUCUUAAUAUAAUUAAUAUAAUUAAUUUAUUCCGUAUUAAAUAUAAAGAUGUAACGUUUUGGCGUAUUUAAUCUUCCUCAGCCGUCAAUAAUAAAUAUUCAAAUACAUAACAAUAUUAAACAAUUAAGUUGAAGUAAAAUUAAAUUAAGUCUCAAAAUAAUUCACAAAUAACUCUAAUUACGUUCGUUUUUUUAGCCUUUUACAUUACUACAUUAUAAAUUGUAUUUAGCAUAAAGUUAAAAUUGUAUAUCUUUUAGAAAUUGUACAUUUUUAUAAAUUAUAUAUUUUUAGAAUGAUUAAUUUAUAUCCAUAUAGAGUGUAAAAUAUAAAAGAAUUGUGUAUUUUUAUUUUAUAAGAGAAUAUGAAUCAUUGAUCAAGAAUUUAUGCUGUAAAUCGACGUCUUAUGCAUAAUUUGUAAUCUAAUUGUACAUUAAUUUCAAUUGUUUAUUAUUAAAUAAAAUAAAAAUGAUAAA